CUGUAUUCUCCAUCUAUUCUUGGGGUUUUGGGGAAUUUGGUUUCAAAGGCAUUUAAGGAUGUAGAUGGUGAUUCGAGUACCAGGUCCUUCCGAUUGUGCAGCAAGCAAGCUAUGCUGGACAUCUUGCUCUAGCGGUCUCGGGAUGUUUCAGCCUAUUCGAGGAGUAAGGUUCUUCAGGUGUGGGCAGAACUAUGCGAAGAAAAUGCUGUUUCAAUUGGUCUGUGGAACGAGGUUGCUUCUGGGAGAUUGGAGGAUAAGAGCGCAUUCGUGAGGAAAGCGGCAUUGAAUCUACUCAUCACGAUGUUGCAGCAUAACCCGUUUGGUCCACAACUUCGCAUUGCAUCAUUUGAAGCGCCCUUGGAGAAAUACAAGGAGAAACUGGAAGAGAUGGAACCCAAUGCACCUUCUGAGAGCGUUUUUGGACGGGAUACCUUCAGACAAUGAGACAUGUGAAGCAGAUGGAAAGGUUUAUCAGGCUGAAGUCAGAGCAGCAAGACAGUGUUACUGAUAGUCGUUUGCCUGGUGUGGAAGAUGGGGUUAGUAAGGAUUCUUCCACGGUGGAUUUUGGGAACCUGGAGCAGACUAGGGCCUUGGCUGCAUCACUUGAGACAUGUUUGAGGUUCUCAAAGUGCAAAUCCUCCACAAUGCUGACUCUGGUCCAACUGCUGUCUUCAUCUUCUGCCACUGAUGUUGAGAACACGAUUCUUUUACUGAUGAGGCGCAGACAGUUCCAAAUUGAUGACUCUGAGGCCUCUCUCCGGAAAAUGUUGCCACUUGUAUUUUCACAGGACAAGCCUAUCCAUGUAGCUGUUGAGGAUGUAUUUAUCACAAUUUAUUUGACGGGAAACCCUACAGAAACUACUGCAAAUCUAUCGAGCAUUGCUAUAGAAUCUAGCAUCGGCGAUCUAGCAACUCUAGAAUUUAUAGUUGGUUCCUUGGUAUCUAAGGGGAAUAUUUCUACAAGCACGAAAAGUAAGCCUUCAUCGAAAAUAAGUGAUCAUGAUAUAAAUUGUAAGGAAACUUUUGCUUAACGGGGAUGUGGGCAAUUGAUGAUGUUGGUUCUUUAUUAUUAUUAUUUUUUUCUAUGGAAAUACUUGGGGAUGCAAUGGCAUUACGCUAUCAAAGCCCUUGAGAUAUACCGGAAAUCAGGGCAGCAGGCUGAAAGAUUGUCUAAGUUUUAUAAAGUAUGUAAAAUCCUUGAUCGUGGGCGUGGAGAAAAGUUUAUCAAGAUUGAGCAGGUUUCAAUUUUUAUAGUGAUGCCUCUUAUAAUAGAUAUUUCUUUCUUUGUAUUCUGAAACACUUCUUACCAAGACUAUGAUAACACUUGUAACUUGAUUGGAUUAUCAUUGUCUCAACCUUAAGAUCAUGGGCUGGAUCCUAGCUUAUCUACUGAAGCACACGAUUGCACGAAAUUGGUAAAGAAAACUGACAAGUGAUGGUGUCUUUAUUUGUUUUUUUUUUUCCUUUUCUUUUUAAAUGAUUGGUUCUCUUGGUCUUACUUUUGCCUAGAUUUACAUUACGAAAUCCAGAAGGGCUCUUCCAUUUACCAUAAAUCUUUGGAACCUCGUUGCCAUAUAUUGAAACCUCCCAAAUCUUUGACUGAAUUAUGGAUGGAGCAUAACCCAAAAGUAAAAGUAAGCAGAUAUUGGAACCAUCUGAUUUUUUCAGUUGGAACUAGGGCCACUCACUGUUUUAUUCUUAACCAUACAUUUGAUAAGUACCAUUAAUUG